CUCCUCGCUCAAGGUCCCCGUUCAGGUGUCGCGCGCGCGCUGAGCCGGCUGAACGCACGUGAGGGAGUCACAGCUGCCGAGCUUCGCGGCGCUCGUCGGCCACUGUUGUAACGCGCGUCGGCGUCGAAAGAGAGAGAAAGAGCGAGAGUGCACGAGCAUCCUCGUGACGUUCCACGAGCUACUCUACGGCGUACCUGAACCCUGUGUGUCGUGCACCGUGUUCGCGUUAUACGCGAAUUAUGCUGUAUAGAAACGCGAUCGCGCGCGCGCCAACAACAUUAUGUACACGCUAUUACGUGCGCUGUUAGUACUCGUGCAUCGCCUUUACAUCGGGUUUUGUUAUGCCUGGGCCGCGCUGCAACGGGUUUACGCGGACCUCUGGUGCGCCGCGAGCUCGACGACGGAGCUCGAUACGAUCGUACGGACGCUCGCGCGUGCCAAAAAGAUGCCAAGACACCUGGUGAUCGUGCAGGUGAUCGACCAGUCGCUCCUGGACUGUGUGCGUAUCAUUGGAUGGUGUAUUACGCUUGACAUACCUUACAUCAGCUUCUUUGACCGUAAUGGUUUCUUCAAGAGAAAUGAAAGCAAUCUUAAAGAACAGUUUGCAAAAAAGUGGCCUGAUUUAGUAGAAUAUAUUACCUGGAAUUCAUAUACAAAGGCACCUAGUCAAAAUGGAAUAACUAAUGGCAGCAGGUCGAAAAUAAAUGUAUCAUUCUUAUCCGACGUAGAUGGUAAAGGGAAAAUAGUAACGUUAACGCAAUCAUUGGCGAAGGCCGUGUCUACGGGGAAACUUGAUCCGGAAGAAAUUACGGACCAACUAAUCACUGAGAAGUUACAAGUAAAGGGGAUGCCCGAUCCCGAUCUCGCUUUAAUAUACGGCUACAGUUGUUCCACACAUGGUCUCCUACCGUGGCACACAAGAACGACAGAAUUUUUAAUGCUGCCACUGUACGUUAGAAUCACGGUGAAAGAUUUCGCGUAUGUAUUAGAGAGAUAUAGUAAAUGUGUACAACGGUACGGAAAAUGAUAUGUAAUUAUAUCCUUAUUUAUACAAGAGAUAUUGCAUUUAUGAUAAGAGAAGAAAUAAAUUAUCAUGAAGACUGA